CUCCAACUUCGACAUAAACAAAAUGCGAAUUUUCCGGAGCAGCUUUGAUUCCUUUUUCGAUGUGUGGCAUUGCUGAAGAAUUAAAAUAUGAAUUUAGAUCAAAGGCGAUCAAUUUGAACCAGAAAGAUAAGAGAGACAAGGAAAUAAUCAGAAAUCUGAUCGAAUUUAUAUUUUAAAACGAUAUUUUUGAGGUUAUGUAAUACGAUCAAGGGCGUUUUCUAUCACGAAAUGCCUGCAGAUGAAAUUCUAUAUUUGGACGAAUAUACAAUAUUUGUAGAAAUGGGGGAUGGCACUACUUUUGAAGGAAAUAUGCAUCCAAUGUCCGAAGAGUUAAUACCUAACUGGAUGCAGCCUAAUGGAGCGCGUUACCAUGAUCAGAUAUCCGCUUUUAUACGAACAGCAAAGGAGCCUAAAGAACCUGAAUAUACCGGUCAUACUGGCACAUUACUGCGACGGUCAAAUCGUCCAUCCAAGUUUAGUGAGCCUUAUCCUUACGGUACUGAUGGCCCAGUGUACGCUCAAAUGCGCUUAGGAGGUGCCCUCAAAACAAAAUAUUUUACAGCAAAAUCUUUCCAAAAGUAUUUGCCGACAAGAUUUCAUUUUCUUCACUUCCCUUGUUUCCCACCUACCAACCAGAUCUAUAUAACACGACCAGGAGGCCCUGUGUAUACUGCAAGAUUAGAAGAGUAUAAUCCUUCAGCGAAGCAUAUCGGUAAAACUUCCCACGAACAUAACUGAAAGCCCCAAGAUAUCGCUAAGGAUAUCUGACAAGGCAGAAAUAACAAUAUC